AUGGAUUUGGAACAUCGCAUUAAGGCUUACCGCUUUGUCGCCUAUUCGGCAGUCACCUUCUCUGUUGUCGCAGUCCUCUCUGUCUGCGUCACUCUUCCAAUGGUUUACAACUAUGUCCACCAUGUCAAGAGAUCCAUGCACAACGAGAUCAACUUCUGCAAGGGAUCCGCUAAGGAUAUCUGGUCCGAGGUCAACCACCUCAAGAAUCUCCCAACUGGAAACAGAACUGCUCGUCAAGCUGGAUACGGAUCUGAAGAUGUUGCCGUCACCGGAGGAUCUGCUUCUGGAGGAUGUGAUGCUUGCUGUCUUCCAGGACCAGCUGGACCAGCUGGAACCCCAGGAAAGCCAGGAAGACCAGGAAAGCCAGGAGCUCCAGGACUCCCAGGAAACCCAGGACGUCCACCUCAGCAACCAUGUGACCCAAUCACUCCACCACCAUGCAAGCCAUGCCCAGCUGGACCACCAGGACCACCAGGACCACCAGGACAACCAGGAGAUGCUGGACUCCCAGGAGCCCCAGGACAACCAGGACAAGACGCUGCCCCAGGAGCCCCAGGACCAAAGGGAGCCCCAGGACCAUCAGGAAACCCAGGAGCUCCAGGAGCCCCAGGACAACCAGGACAAGACGCUCCAUCCGAGCCAAUCCAACCAGGAGAGCCAGGACCAGCUGGAGCCCCAGGACCACAAGGACCACCAGGACAGCCAGGAGCCCCAGGACAAGACGGAGCUCCAGGAGCCCCAGGACCAAAGGGACCAAACGGACAACCAGGACAACCAGGAUCCGAUGGAAACCCAGGAGCCCCAGGACCAGCUGGACCACCAGGAGGAGCCGGAGAGAAGGGUAUCUGCCCCAAGUACUGCGCCAUCGACGGAGGAGUCUUCUUCGAGGACGGAACACGCCGUUAA